UCUCAUGAAAAAAAAUGUUUCCACCGUCAAUAUGUUCAGUUUUGUGUGUGUCACUUGAUUUGAGUUCUUUUUUUCUUUGCACGCCUAAUCACACUUGGGACAUACGAAUAUAUUUGUUUUUUUUUUGUCGACAACGACUGUCGAUAUAAAGCUUUGAAGUAUCAUCAUCAUCAUCAUCAUGAAUCAAUUAACUGUAAUGUUGAAUGGUAAUAAUGCAGCAUCAGCAGCAGGCAGCAGCAGUAGCAAAUAAUCAACAACAACAACAACAUCAUGCUGCAUCAUUGGCAAACACUACGAUCAAUCAACCACAAUAUUUUACAUUUCAAACUACCAAUAAUCAACAACAACAUUCUGGUUCUAUUAAUCAACAAACAGCUACCGGUUUGGCUACCAAUGCUGCUGCUGCUGCUGCUGCUGCUUCUUCAAUUGAACAACAACAAUUGUUCACAAUACAACCGGCAACAACAUUUUCACCAAAUAUUAUGUUAACCACCAAUGGACAAACAAAUAGCAUCGACAACAACACAAGGAUUUUUACCGGCAACAAAUAUGAAUAAUCAUCCAGCAACAAUUCAAUAUAUAAUCACACCACAACAACAACAACAACAACAACAACAACAAUCUAAUCAGCAAAUAUCACAGCCAUUUGGUGGUUUAAUGUCCAAUUUGAUUACGCCAUCUACGCCUGCUCAUCAAAUAAAUAUGAUUCCAAUCAAUCAUCAAACAUUACAGGGAACAACGACGGCGACAAUAUUGCAACCACAAUUAAUAGCAACUAAUGGAUGUUCCACGACAUCAGCAUUACAGCCAACAACAUUUAUUCAACAACAACAACAACCAACACAAACGGGUACGUUUCAUAUACAAACGACUGCAAACGCUGCUUCUUCUGCGACCAACAAUGUUAAUACUACUGCAACGCAAUUGUUCCAUCAACAACAACCGCAACAACAAUUUCAAGUGAUAACAACACCAUCUACAUUAGCAACGCAACCAACAUUGACAAAUGGUGCAAUAACAUUUCAAACAAAUCAAUUGAUUGGUUGUAUACCAUCAACAACGAAUCAGCUAGUUCAACCGCAACAGCAACAAUUUUUUCUGAAUCCAACAACAAUAACGCCCACACUUCAACAACAGCAACAACAACAACAGCAGCAGCAACAAUUGUAUCAAUUAGUUUUACCUGUAAAUGGUCAUCAAAUAUUACAAUCAACAAUGUUACAGCCAACAAAUAUGAUAACAACAACAUCGGGACAUCAAUUAAUAACAACCGGAACUCAACAUCAACAACAACCGACUGCAAUAACGGUGCCUAUACAACAACAACAACAGCAACAUGGAACAUUAUUAACAACCACCGGUGGCAAUCUCCAAUUUCCAAUUGGUCAACAGCAACAAAAUACGGCAACAUUCUUAACACAACAGCAACAAACUUCAACAUUACCAAUAGGUUCUGCCAUUAUUCAUCAACAAUCACCACAACAACAACAGCAACAAUCAUCAAAUGUAUUCACAACAAAUCAAUUAACAAUACAGCCAUGUUUAUCUACCGGUACUGGAAACACGAAUAAUAAUUACCUCAAUACUCAACAAAAUUCAAAUACGAUAACAUUGAUAGCUUCAGCAUCACCAACGACAAAUAUUACGAAUCUUUCAUCAUCGCAACAACAAACGAAUAACACGACAUCAUCUAUAAAUAGUGUUGUUGGUCAUCAUCAUAAUCAUCAACCAUCAUCUUCGAUGGUCAAUAUUACGAAUAACAACAACAACAACAAUACGCAAUUACAUCAUUUACCCGUACAGAAUGCUGUUAAUAAUAUUCAUACAAGCAACAACAACAAUAACAUCAAUUCACCAUCGACAUCAACUACGGCAAUGAUGGUUUUUACAUCUUCUGCUGCCGCACCAUCAUCAGCCACAAAUAUUACAUGUGAUACCGGCAUUGUACAACAACAACAACAAUCGCCAAUGUUGAUGUUUGACAAUCUCAUCAAGCCAACAUCGAUCAAGUCAAUCAACAAAAAAAGUUAUUUAGAAUGUCCAACAUCAACAACAGCAACGAAUGGAUGCCAAUCAUCAUCAACGAAUUCAACAAUAACUACAGGUCAAACUGGAUUCGAAUUAUCAAAGGCAUGUAGUACUAGAGAAAAUUUCAAUCUCAUUAUGAAUUCGACGGCGGCGGCGGCAACCAAAACAACAACAACAACAACCACGACAACGGCAACGAUGACGACGAUAAUUACGCCCAAAUUAUCGUCUACAAAUGCCGAACAUAACAACAUGAAAAGAGAUUCAAUAGUCAAUGAUGAUCAUGAUCAAAAUACGCCAUCUUCUGAAGAAAAUAGUCAAAAUAGUUUUACGGUGAAUGACCAGAAAAUUAUUAUCGAAAAAGAUGAUAAUGAAAUUGGUGAUAUUGUUAAUAAUGGUGGUGAUGAAAAUUUGAAUGGAUUAACAUCAUCAUCUACCACAACAACUACAUCAUUAUCAUUAUCACCACCUACACCAUCGUUAGAAACAUCGUUAGCAACAUCACCGAGUCAAACAUCAUCAACCAUUAUUCAAAGACCAUCAUCGGCUGCUUCAUCAUCAUGUGGUUCAUUGAAAAUAGCCGAUAAUGAUGAUGAUGAUGAUGAUGAUGAUGAAGAUGAUGGAGAGGAUGAUGAUGAUGAUGGGGAGGAUGAAGAAGAAUAUGAUGCCGGUAAUGAUGAAAAUUGUUAUAAUAAAACACGGAACAUGAAUGAGAAAAAAGAUGAUGUGAAAAUAAACCGAAAACGAGCUAGAUCAAUGGAUAGUUUAAUAAAUGAUGAUGACGAUGACGAUGAUGAUGAUAAUGAUGAUAAUAGUACAGAUGAAACGGAAGAAAUGGAUCUGGAUAGUGCUACAACCGAAAUCGAUAGUGAUUGUUGUAGUCAUAAAACUAAUAAUAAUAAUAACCGGCAAGAAUCGGAUACUACUACAACAAUACUGCCAACAACGACAACAUUACCGAUAACAAUAUCUACGAUGAAGACGACUAAUACUAUGUCCACCAACACUACUGCCACCAUCAAUGGAAUACGAUCAGAAUCAUUGAUGAUGAACAAUAAUAAUAAUCCCAUUAAAAAUAUGAAUGAUGAUAAAGAUGGAUAUCAAAGUGGUGGUUCAUUGCCAUGUCAUUUUACCGAUACCGAAGAUGAAGAAGAUGAUGAUGAUGAUGAUGUCAUGAAUACGAAUGUUGAUGGUAAAUUGAUCGAUAUGAAUGAUGGUGAUGUUGUUGGUGGUGGUGAAAUUAAACUGAUACGACGUAAUGGUCUUACACAAGCUGCAUAUAAUCUGAUUAAUAAUCGUAUAUUAAUGAGUAGUAAUAAUGAUGAUGAUGAUAAUGUUACUAUAGCAUCGAUUGAAUCAUCAAUAACGAAUGAUGAAAUAUCCAAUAUAAAUAUCCAGAAUAUUGGUAAUACAAAACAAUUAUCAUCAAACAAUCAUGAUGAUAAUGUUAAUAAUAAUCGGAUAUCCAUGCAAACACAAACAUCAUUAACGACGACGACAACAACACCAUCAUCACCAUGUUCUAUUCAUUCAAAUAAUAGUAGCCUGAUUGCAUCAUCAUCGACGAAUCCACCGUUGAUAUCAUCAAAAGAAAGAGCCAUUUGGACCCCAGAAGAACAACAAUUGGCCAAUGAAAUACAGGAAUUUGCUAAAACAUUUAAACUUUGUCGUCUAUCAUUGGGCCUAACACAAUCACAAGUUGGACAAGAAUUGAGUGCAUUAGGUCCAUGUUAUAGUCAAAGUGCAAUAUGCAGAUUUGAAAAAUUGGACAUCACAUUAAAAAGUGCUAAAAAAAUAAAACCAGUAUUGGAAAAUUGGAUGCGUGAGGCGGAAGAAAAAUAUCGUCAUAAUAAAAUUGUUGGAAAUGUAAAACCAGAAGCAUUGGUUAAUGUAUUGAAUAAUAAUAAUAAUAAUAAAGAUAAUAAAGAUCCAAAUGCAUCGUCAACAACAACAUCGACAUUAUCAUCAUCAUCGUUUAAGAUUAGUUCAGCAUUAGAAUUGGUGAAUAAUGGUGGUAAUUAUGGGAAAAAUUUUCAACUUUACCAACAAUAUAAUAAUAUCAACAACAGCAACAACAAUAACAACAAUCAAAAUGUUGUUAAUCAUCAUGAUCAAAGAGUUGGUGGUAGUAUGAUGGUUAAUAAUAACAGUGAACCAUCACAAUCACCAUCACCAUCAUCAUCAUCGGCAAUGAUAUCAUCAAAUGUAAAUAUUUAUAAAGCAUUUAUGGAAACAAAUAAAAAACGUAAACGUCGUACAUCGUUUACGCCAACCGCCAUUGAUGCAUUGAAUAAAUUUUUUGAACAAAAUAAUCAUCCAAAUGGUGAAGAAAUGACUAGAAUAUCGGAAAUAUUAAAUUAUGAUCGUGAUGUUGUGCGAGUAUGGUUCUGUAAUAAACGACAGUCAACAAAAGCACGAUGUAAAAAUGAUAUGACUUGGAAUUCUAAUCAAUUACAGCAGCAGCCACAACAGCAGCCACAACAGUCGAUUGAAUCGAUACCAGCAGCAUCACUGAAUAAUGAUCAAAACCAUCAACAACAUUGAACAACAAUGCCUUUGCAACAACAGUGAAUAAUAAAUCAACUAAAACAUUAUCGAAUGAUAUACAACCAUCAUCAUCAUCCUUAUCAUUAUCAUCAUUGAAAAUGGCAACUUCGAUAUCAUCAUCAUCACCCAUAAAGCCAUCACCCUCAUCACUGCCACCCACAUCAUCGAUUGGUCAUCAACAUCAUCAUCAUCAUCAUCAAUUUUUUCGUCCAAUACAUCCAUCACAUGGACAAGCAUUACGAAGUCCUUUACCAGCGGCCAUAAAAUGAACACAAUGAAUGGUGGUGGUCGUGAUACCAUAAUUCCAUCGGUAGCAAAUAUUGCACCAUUUGGUUUAGGACGAUCAACAACAACAACAACAACAACGACAAAUUCGACAACGAUGA